GCACCACGUCUGCAGAAUCAGCGGCGGGAGCAGGGGGCGCUCACCCGGAAGUGUUCUCGGAGGGCGUCACCGUCCCUCUUGGGUACUUCCGGGUGGCAGCGCGGUUCCCCGCUCGGUACCCCCGCCACGCCGGCGUCGCCGCAUCCUGUCAGGCCGCCGCUCUCCUCGCCUUUACUCCCGCUCCCGGCUCGCUCUGCCUAUCCCCUCGCCUCUCCCCGCGCCGGGCGAUGCCGCUACGGAGCUUCCGGGCCGCCGGGCCGCGGGGGUGGCUGCCUGCAUUGCUCCUGGUGGCGUUGGCGGCCUGUGCCGCGCGGGCCUCUGAGAUCACCUUCGAGCUGCCCGACAACGCCAAGCAGUGCUUCUACGAGGAGAUCGCCCAGGGAACCAAGUGCACCCUCGAGUUCCAGGUGAUCACUGGAGGACAUUAUGAUGUUGACUGUCGUUUGGAAGAUCCUGAUGGCAUUGUGUUGUACAAAGAGAUGAAGAAACAAUAUGAUAGCUUCACGUUCACUGCAUCCAGAAAUGGAACGUACAAAUUCUGCUUCAGCAAUGAAUUCUCUACUUUUACACACAAAACGGUGUACUUCGAUUUCCAAGUUGGAGAGGAUCCACCACUGUUUCCUAGUGAGAAUAGAGUAACUGCACUCACCCAGAUGGAGUCUGCCUGUGUUUCUAUUCAUGAAGCUUUGAAGUCUGUCAUCGAUUAUCAGACUCACUUCCGCCUGAGAGAAGCACAGGGCCGCAGCAGAGCAGAGGAUUUGAACACAAGGGUGGCCUACUGGUCCAUAGGGGAGGCAAUUAUUCUUCUUGUUGUUAGUAUUGGGCAGGUGUUUCUCCUCAAAAGCUUCUUCUCUGAUAAAAGAACCACAACAACCCGUGUUGGAUCAUAAUUUGUAGUGGUAAUACUUCAGGUCGUUGUGUGCUACUCAUCUGUAAAAAUUAACCAUUCUCCAAUUAACUGUAGGUACAAAGGAUCUGAAUAUAUGCAACAUUCAAAUGUGUCUGCCCUUCAUUCCUCAAAAAUCACAAAACAGGCCCAAAAUGUUAUGAAAGGGAUACAUGAUUUCAAAUAUUUGAAAAAUAUCUUGAAACUUCAGCAUUUUCUGACUUCUGUUUAAAUACCUGGCAAUGACCAGCUUCUCUUUAUUGCUACUGAUUUUGAUCUGAACUGAGUUUGAUUAUCACUAGUAAGAUUAGCCAAGUACAAUGUAACACUUUAAAAUAACCUAGCAGUCUAGUGUCUGAUAUGGAAGACAAUACAUGUGAAAAUCUGAUCCAACUUUAAUUUUCAGUCUGAAUGUAUUGGCUUGUAAAAAAGCAAAUGUGAUGAACUGUAGGGUACUGUUUUGAUUUGCUGUACCCCUUAUGUGUAAAACAUGCAAGCCUGAUACUACAUCAUGGUGUGAAUUCUCCGUCAACCUGGUAAGUCUCCAUCUUCAAAACUUGCUAAGUUUUAUACUUGAGUAUGUUUGCUGAAACAUACAUUCUUCUCUAGUAAAAUAAACCCAUUUCUUCUUCGACAAUGUUUGUUUGACUGAACAACAUGUGAGCUGAGACUACUCAGGAAAUCUGCUUUCUCUAUUCCAAAAUCCAAAUCUCCCAUGUUUAUUUUAAAAACAUACAGUAAAAUAGGGGAUCUUGUAACUUUCUCAUUGAAACUACAUUUUCUGUGCUCAUACAUGUUGCUGCUGCUUUUUUGGAUUUGAAACCAGAAGUUCAUUAAGCAGCAGAGCAGUAGCAUGGACAAGAUUGUGUUAUGUGUUGGGCACAUACAAAGCUUCUUACUAAAUUGUUUUCCUAUGAUGAGGCCUAUUUGAUACUGAUACUGCAUUGCACAAGUGCUGUAAAUUUCGUUUUCCUGUGUGUGGUGCACUGAUACAUGAGGUGGUCUCGUGUAUCUGAUUGCCACUCUGUUUUGCUAGUGGUCAGGAAAUCUUUUAGGUUAUCUUUUUGGUAGAGUUUGAGUUGCAUCAUUUCAGUGGCUCAUGUCUUUAUUAGCUUGCGUACUGUAAAGUCUUGUUUUAUUUGGAUGUGGAAGGUAGUAAAUGCAUGUACAUGCAAGUAGCUGGAGUUGAGCUGGUCAUCGUAAUGAUAAACUGUCAAAUGGCUUGGAGGAAUAAGCAGACUGACCAAUUCUUAAGUGCACACUAAAUGAAGGUGAAUAAAAUGUUGCAUAUUGCUGAAUAAAUCAAAAGAUGGUUCUUAAGUUCUUGGCAAGCAGAGAAAUAAUGCUGAACCCUUUUUAAUUUCCUUUGUUAUUUAUAGAAAAAACUUAGAAGUUACACAUACAGGUGACACUUGAGCAGUCUGAAGAUGUGGUCUAGGAUGCCUUGAUUUUUAAAAUCUUGAUGGCUGGGAAAAAUAAAAGUGCACCUAGUUUGUGUUUGGAAUUAAAUGUCUGCUCUUGUCAAAACUGAAGAAAGACCUUAAACAGCCACAAAAUUUUUAGAAGGUCAGAGGGAUAUUAAAAUCUUCAGAGUUAUGUGUAAUGUUUUUAUAUGCUGUAAUAAUUUUUGCAUACUAAAGUCCCAUUUUGGGAUUCAAGCUUCCCAGAAAUGGUUAGACUCACAAAGAUCAAGAAACAAACAUCUAGUGCUUUCUUCUAUAAUACAAAUCUGUGCCUGCACUCAAUAUUCUUGAUUGUACCUGGAUGCUUUAUUCUUGUGUUUCAGCAACUGAUAGUACUUUCUGUGCUGUGUGGCACACAAUAAUGAAGCAAGGGGUACAUUUUCUGUUGCAAGUGUUGGAUGAAAACACGAUGUAAUGUUUUUAGUGUCCACUGUUACCCUAUGGAGUUUGAAUAUCACUUGUGUAGCUUUAAUUGCGGCAAAGGUAUUCGGUUUAAAGAUUGAAAUGUGUUGGCUUUUUUUCCACUGGGGAUUUCUGUGUGCUGUCAAAACGAGUGGAGUAAGACAGACAACAGUCAGCCAUUGUUCAUGAUGUUUGAAUGUGUGAAGUGGGACUGUUCAGCUUAGUAUUGCUCCCACCACAGAGGUUUUGAGCACUUGACUUCUGUAUUGAAGUUAAGUAUCCAAAGCAGUCCUCUGAUACCCUGCUGCGUAAUAUGCAGCAAUAGAUUAAAAACACCUUUAUUUUUGUGUUACUGAAGACAUGGCACAAAGACACAUUUAAACAUAGCUGUAUAUAGUUUUUAAAAUGUGACUGAAUAGGCUACAACAGAAACACGCAGUGGGUGAAGAAUUGCAUUGUGACUUCCAGUUAAAGCUACAUCUUUUUAGUAAAUGAAAAUGAUAGUUUGGUUAAUGGUUGACACACAAGUACACGCUCUGCGUUAAAGGGGAUAUAACUGUGUUUUAAAUUGCUAAAGUCUCUGGGUUUCAGCUAUUCCUUGGAUGUUUUAUGUUUACAGAACUUCUUUCCUUGUCCUGAAAUGUCAGUUCUUGUUUUAAUUGGGGUGGGAGGGUAUGGGGAGGAAGUUUUGUUUGAUUAAGGCAAAAAGCAGUCCCUGU